AUGGCAACAUCGCGCCGCAUCGGCGGAACACACAUACACGCAGACGGUCUUCUUCCCGAGAUGUCGUCGUCCACGGUUCUCGACUUCUCGGAGGCCCGGGCGUCCGGGACGACACCACCGUGCACCGCGGGGGGUGGGGGGAGGAGGAAGCGGGGUGGCACCGUGCUGCUGCCUGGUGCUCGGAAGGCGACUCUACACGGAGAAGAAGACCGAAUCGGAUCUUGA